AUGUUAUUAAAAACACUUCAAGCUUUUUCAAGAGUUUCAGCAAAAAUUGAUUAUACAAAGGACUAUUAUAAAGUAUUAAAGCUUCCUCCUACAGCUGACCAAUCCUAAAUUCGAAUCCAUUACUAUCAAUUAGCUAAGAAAUACCAUCCAGAUUCAUAAACACCAAACAGUGAAAAAUAUUUAAAUGUGCAAGAGGCAUUCAGAGUAAGAAAUUCAAUAUUUUAUAUCUCUAGAUUUUAUCUGAUUUAGAAUAUAAACAAAAAUAUGACUUAAAACGAGUAAUCAAUUCAGGUACUACAAAGCAAACUGAAUAAUAGGAGAAAAAUGAUGAUAGUAAAUAAGGAGGAUAUAUUGACGAGAUGAGCUAAUAAUAAUUUGAGAAGAAAGUUGAUGACAUAUGGAAAUUAAAGAUUACUGUAAAAUAAGGAUAAAUUCAAUACAAUUACUAUUUUAGUGAAUCUGAAUUAAAGGAAAAAUCCAUUAAUUGCUCAGAAUUUGAAAAAGUCGUUUCUGAUUUAAUUACUAAUCUCAAAUUGAAUCAAGCAUCAAUUGAAGAAUAUAAAAAUUCAUCAUUCUCGUCUGCCUCCGUUUUGAAAAAAGUGGCUGAAAUAGCAUUCUUAAUAUUAGCAAUCUUUGUUUCAAAAAAGAAAUGA